AUGAAAAGGACAAAUUAAGAUACGAAUGUUUCCUAAAAUAGACCUAAUUUACCAAAUUUGUCAUAAUAAUCAUCUACUCAGUCUUAAUAAAGUAAUUCAAUCACUGAUAGAUUAAAAGAAUAUGAGAAAAUUAGAGAGAUAGGACGAGGCGCUUAUGGAAUCGUUCAUAAGGUAAGAAAUAAGAGAGGCCAAUAUUUAGCAAUGAAAGAAAUCAACUAAACCAAAUUGAAUAAAGAUAAAAAGGCACAUUAAAUAUAUAUGGAAAAAAUAAUGAAGUAUUUUAAAUUUCCUGGAAUUCCAGAAUUAUACUCCUGCUUUAGGGAUAAAUCUUAGUCUACAAUCUACAUAGUAAUGGCUUAUGCAGAAGGAGGUUAAUUUUAGCGGAUAAUAAAAAAAUAUCACUAAUAUUUUACAUUUGAAGUAGUUCAGUUUUUUGUGGCUGAGAUGGUUUUAAUUUUGGAGUAUAUACAUUCUUUGGGUUUUUCUCAUAGAGAUUUUAAACCAGAAAACCUUGUUCUAACUAAAGAUGGGCACCUUUAACUUAUUGAUUUUGGAACACUGAAUGAUUAUUGCAAGAAACUUAUUCCGUAAGGAGCAAUAGAUGAAGUAAGGAUAAAAGAUGACUACCGCAGAUAAAAAUUUGAAAGAGAAAAAAUAAGGGAAAUUAAAAUGAGAUAGUAGGAAGCUAUUCAUAAUCACGAAAUGGGCAAUGCAGAUGCACCAAACAUUAAUUAAACUAGCUUAAAUGAUGGUAUACUUCAGCCUUCUGAUAUAGAAGAAAUAGAAUAGCGUUUAAGAUCUUAAACUUUUUGUGGGACUGCUGAAUAUCUUUGUCCAGAAAUGCUGGAAGAUGACGUUUGUUAUAUGAAUGGAGAUUUAUGGGCAUUAGGUUGCAUCAUUUACAAAAUAUUCACUAAUAAUACACCUUUUGUGGAUUCUUAGGAGUUUUUAAUAUUCAAUAAGAUAAAAUAAGGAAUAUACAAUAAAAAUCAUGAGUAAAUACCUCCUGUUGCAAACGAUCUCAUCUCUAAAUUGCUAGUUUUAGAUCAGUAUGAAAGACUUGGAAGUGUAGUAGUAGAUGAAAACAUAACUAAAGAAACAGUACAUGAAGCUUAUAAAAAGCUUAAAUCACAUCCAUUCUUUGAUGGUGUUGUUUGGGAAAAUCUUUAUAAAUAACGUCCUCCAGAAAUGAUUUUACAAAUUAUAUCAGGAUAAUAUGAUGAAAUAAAAAAACAGUUAAAUGAAAAUUAAAAAGGACCUAAUCAAGGUCAAAAAAAUCAAAAUGAUGAUAAUAAUGACGAAGAUGAUAGUGAAGAUGAAGAUGAUUAAGAAGAUUAAGAGGAUUAAGCAGAGUUGUAUAUAAAAAAUUAGAUUAAAAUGAACGAAUAAAAAAACUUAGAAAAUAUGAGGAAAAGUGCUCAUAUCCCUACUGGGUAUAUUCAAGAAAACGAAGAAAAGUCUGCAAAUCAAAAUCAGGUAUCAAAUUCGCUAAAUGGUAGAAAAACAUGCUCUGAAGAAUUAGCAUAGUCUCCAUCUAAAAAUAAAUAAAACUAAUCUAUAGGAAAAUCAGAUAAUUAAAAUACAAGUUAUUUAAAUGUAGUAAGUAGCUUAAAGCCUCCAUUUACUGAAGCUAAUCUCUAUUAUUAAACUUUAAUAAAUAAAGUCAAUAAAAAGCUAUUUUUUAUUCCAGUUAAAAAACCUAGAUAAAUUCUUUUAUUUAAUACUGAUCCAAUAAGAAUAAUAUAUUAUAUACCUUUCCGUUCUAAGCUAAAUUUAAAAUAUAUUGUGAUAGAUGAAAAUGCCUCUAUUAAAUUAGAAACACCUUAAAGAAUCAUUAUAAAUGAUCAUAGCGAUAAAUACGUUUUUGAGAACAUUAAGCAAGAUACUGCUUAGCAGUUAUACUAAGCUAUCUUAAAACUCUAAUAAUUGAAGCAGUAGUAAAAUAAUUGA